AUGUCUGUGCAAGAGUACUUGGAUAAGCAUAUGCUCUCCCGGAAAAUCGAAGACGCCGUCAAUGCCGCCGUCAGGGCGAAGACUCCCGAUCCUGUCCUGUUCAUCUCAAAUCAUAUGAGGAAAUCUGUGCCUUCGGUGAUUACAAAGGUUAAAGCUAGACAAAUUCUUGACAGCAGAGGAAUUCCGACCGUCGAAGUCGAUUUGUACACUAACAAAGGCAUGUUUCGUGCUUCUGCUCCCGGCGGCGCUUCUUCUGGAAUGUACGAGGCUGUUGAGUUACGUGAUGCAGAGAAGGGAACCUAUCUUGGAAAUGGUGUAAAUAGAGCUGUUAGAAAUGUCAAUGAGAAAAUUUCUGAAGCUUUGAUUGGUAUGGAUCCAACUCUUCAGUCUCAAAUUGAUCAAGCUAUGAUAGAUUUGGACAAAACUGAGAAGAAGGGUGAACUGGGAGCAAAUGCAAUUCUGGCCGUGUCAAUGGCUGCUUGCAAAGCUGGUGCAGCUGAAAAAGAGGUUCCAGUUUACAAACAUAUUGCUGAUCUUUCUGGCAAAACAAAUCUUGUUCUGCCUGUUCCGGCAUUCACUCUUAUAAGUGGUGGAAAACAUGCCGGAAAUAAUCUGCCUAUAAAGCAAAUCAUGAUUCUUCCAAUUGGUGCUAGAAGGUUUGAGGAGGCAUUGCAAAUGGGCUCGGAGACGUAUCAUCAUUUAAAGGCUGUUAUCACCGAGAAAUAUGGAACUCAUGGAUGUGGUGUUGGUGAAGAUGGUGGUUUUACUCCUAGUAUCACAAGCAUUCAGGAAGGUUUGGAUCUUGUUAAGGAGGCAAUAGCCAGAACAGGGUACAAUGAAAAAAUAAAGAUUGCUAUGGAUGUUGCUGCCACAGAAUUCUGUAUAGGUACAAAAUACGACCUAGAUUUUAAAUUCCCAAACAAAUCAGGACAAAACUUUAAGUCUGGAGAGGAUAUGAUAAACAUGUACAAGGAACUUUGCGCAGAUUACCCUAUUGUAUCAAUUGAGGAUGCAUUUGACAAGGAGGACUGGGAGCAUUUCAAGUAUUUUUCAAAUCUCGCACUCUGCCAGGUUGUCGGAGAUGACCUAUUAAUGUCAAAUCCUAAAAGAAUUGAAAGAGCAGUGCAAGAAUCUGCUUGCAAUGCUCUGCUUUUAAAGGUUAAUCAAAUUGGAACUGUUACAGAGGCUAUUGAAGUUGUAAAAAUGGCGAAGGAUGCCAAUUGGGGUGUGGUAAUAUCUCAAAGAAGUGGGGAAACUGAAGACGCUUUCAUUUCAGAUUUAUGUGUUGGCCUUGCCACGUGUCAGAUAAAAGCAGGCGCACCUUGCAGAGGAGAAAGAUUAGCAAAGUACAACCAGUUGCUCAGAAUUGAGGAAGAUCUUGGAGAUCAGGCAGUUUAUGCGGGUGAUGACUGGAGACAUUUAUGA